UAACCAGGAGGAGGAGCAGCAGAAAUCCAUCUUUAUGAGGUGUGACAACAGACAAGGCUUCAGACUGAAGGACAACGUCCAGUUCCACCUGUACAUCAGCACGUCCCCCUGCGGAGACGCUCGCAUCUUCUCUCCUCAUGAGGCCGGAGUGGAGGAUCAGGGGGACAGACACCCGAACAGAAAAGCCCGAGGACAGCUCCGCACUAAAAUAGAGUCUGGUGAGGGAACCAUCCCGGUCCGCUCGAGUAACACCAUUCAGACGUGGGACGGAGUCCUCCAGGGGGAGAGACUGCUCACCAUGUCCUGCAGCGACAAGAUAGCUAG